AUGCCACCUCGAGGGCAGAACAACCCGCAACGGAACGCCCUCCGUGCAAGGAUCUUGCUCAUAAAACGUCACCCUGAAGGCAGUGCGAGUCCGACCAAAACGCAUCCUGGGGCAUGGGUUGUUCAUAAUAUGCCACCACGAGGGCAUUACAACCCGCCCACGAAACGCCCUCAAGAUCAAGGCUCUCGCUCAUAUAACGUCACCCCCAAGGCCAAGCGAGUCCGACUAAAAAUCAUCUCGGGGCAUGGGUUGUUCAUAACACGCCACCCCGAAGGCAAAACAACCCACCCGCGGAACGCACUCUGGGGCAAGGAUCUCGCUCAUAAAAUGCCACCCCGAAGGUAG